CUACAUCUCUCGCUACAAUAUCCGCUAAACAAUCAUCAUCACGAUCAGCCUUAAGUAAAUUUUUAUCCAGUUGUGGACUACCGCUGAAACUACCAUCAUUAUCAAGAUCCGGACAGAGAAUACUGUCGAUUCGUGAUGAAUUAGCUCGUUUUGUCUCUCGAGUUGAAUCAGACUUAGGAUUUGAAUCUUUUUGGAAGGCAAAUCAAAAAGAUUUAAUCAGAUUGGCUUCAUUAGUACGCCGUUACAGUGCGAUACCAGCCACAUCAGUGCCUAGUGAAAGCUCAUUCAGUAUAGCUGGAUAUUUAAACAGAAAAAGUCGAUCUUUGUUAUCAUCGAAAACAUUAAAGUAUUCAAUGUUUCUGCGUGAUAAAUUAACAAUUAGACAGUGA